GGAGGAGCAGUGGGCGGGAGGCCGUGGGGCUGCGGGCGGGGCGCGGCGGCUCCCGUCCCGGGCCUCCCGCUCCCCGGACAGCCCCAAGCGGAGGAAGAGCAAGUCCCAACUGUGCAGCCGCGCCCGGGCCGGGCCGCCGGGGACCCGCCGCGAUCUUAUGGGCGAAAACACUUACCUGGUCUUGUUUACCAUCUCUUUACGUGUUAUAAACUGCUUUUUAGUCCAGACGAGCUUUGUUCCGGAUGAGUAUUGGCAGUCGCUUGAAGUGGCACAUCACAUGGUUUUUAAUUAUGGCUAUUUGACCUGGGAGUGGAUUGAAGGACUCAGGGGUUAUUCUUACCCCUUAGUCUUUGCGGGAAUUUAUAAGAUUCUGCAACUCCUGGGUAAGGAUGGUGUUCAGUUGCUGAUUUGGGGGCCUAGGCUCGCCCAGGCGGUUUUGUCAGCCGUGGCAGACGUGAAGCUGUACACCCUAGCGAAGCGGUUGGAAAACCAGGAACUGGCCAAAUGGGUGUUCUUUUGCCAGUUGUGCUCUUGGUUUACCUGGUACUGCUGUACCAGGACACUAACCAACACGAUGGAAACAGUUCUCACCACCUUUGCUCUCUUUUACUACCCUCUGGAAGGUUCAAAGACGAUGAACAGCUUCCAAUACCCCUCCCUGGUAGCUGUCGCCUUCGUCGUUCGCCCGACGGCCCUCAUUCCGUGGCUGCCCCUGCUCUUCAGACACUUCUGGCAAGAACCGAAGAAACCGAACCUGGUUCUGCACCGGUUUGUACCAGUAGGGCUUGCCACUUUGGGUUUGUCUCUGAUAAUUGAUCGUAUAUUUUUUGGGGAGUGGAUAUUAGUUCAGUUCAACUUCUUGAAGUUUAACGUGCUGCAGAACCUGAGCACGUUUUAUGGGUCCCAUCCCUGGCACUGGUACCUCACCCAAGGCUUCCCGCUCGUCUUGGGGACGCACUUCCCUUUCUUCAUUCAUGGCUGCUUCCGUGCCCCCAAGAGGGCCCGGAUUCUACUGAUAGCUGUGGUGUGGACUUUGCUGGUCUACAGCACGUUGAGUCACAAAGAGUUCCGAUUCAUCUAUCCCGUCCUGCCGUUUUGCAUGGUGUUCUGUGGAUAUUCCCUCAACUCCUUAAAGACGUGGAGGAGGCCCGCAGUGAGCUUCCUGCUCCUCUCCAACGCGCUCCCGGCCCUCUAUACGGGCUUGGUUCAUCAACGUGGCGCUCUGGACGUCAUGGCUCACGUCCGAGGGCUGUGUUCCGCCGACGCGCCCGGCCCCUCCCCGGCUUCGGUCUUGGUACUGAUGCCCUGCCACUCGACUCCUCUGUACAGCCACGUCCAUUGUCGACUGCCAAUGAGAUUCCUCGAGUGUCCCCCGGAUCUGACUGGAACAGAGAACUAUGUGGAUGAAGCGGAUCUAUUUUACACAGAUCCCCUGAGCUGGCUGAAUGGGGAAUUCAAGAGCGAGGCGCUCCUGCCCACUCAUCUGAUCUUCUUCAAUGUUUUAGAGGAGGAACUGAAGGGCUUUCUGGCCCCGCGGGGCUACGAACGAACCACCGUGAUCUUUCAUACUCACGUGCCUGAGGGGCGCACGGGAAGCCACAUAUACGUCUACGAAAGAAAGAAAAGGGAAGGGCAGCCCGGUUCAAGAUGACCUGCUGGACCGCUGAGCCGUUUUAGCCGAAGGACGGGACCGGGCUGUUUGGUCUAAGACGAAAAGCGGCUGGUUUCGUUGGGGAAAAACGACGAAGCUUGGGGGUAACGACCGCUAAAACACCGUGUGACCCAUACAGUUCCUCUUUCUCCCCUCUUCCAUUCAAGCUAACUUUUUAAAUAAAGAACCUUUUUUUUUUUU